AUGGUUGUGAGACUCCCCACCGAGCUGCUUGAUCUCGUAUCUCGAUACGCAGAUAUGGGCACUCAAGCUCAACUUUCGUUGGUAUCCCACAGUGUUUAUUCCAUUUCUAUUCGUACAUUGUACGCGUCCAUCCCGCACAUGAACAUAUCUCGCACCACACGAUGCCUGCUUACGCUAUCAACAAACUUGGAGCUGGCGCAUAUGGUACGGUCAUUCUCUCUUCAUCUUUCCCCUUCCAACAUCCUACGACCAUUCCAUGCCCUCCUUACCCGUGCGCUAGGUAACAUGACGGAGUUGCACACACUCUCGCUUCAGCUUGGCACAUACGCAACAUCUAGUGUCAUGAGCCAAAUGUCCUGUCGGCUCAAAAAGUUCGUCUGCAUUAUCGCUUCCGACCCUUCAUACCCAGUCUCCCAAUUCUUGUCAACCCAGCCAUGUAUUGAGGAACUGUAUGUUGUCUGUCGACCGGAAGAUAUAUCUACUCUUGACCCUGAAGCGCUUCCCGCGCUACGAGACCUGGCUGCUCCAUUACAGCUGCUCCCCGUGCUGAUACGGACGCGUCUGUCACGCCUUUCUCGACUCUCCGUACUGGGGACAAUCGGCAAAUCCGGCUCCUUCAUUGAACUUAUCAUGGCACUUCGGUCGGCCAAGCCGCCGGAAUCGCUAGAGCUUGUUGUCGGCGUGGACGUUAACGCUAUUUCGAUGGUCCCGAAGAUUUUGACACCGGGACUAGCUGUUCUCGGUCUAUACGCUCCGUUCAUCGCCCUGUUGAGACUGGAAAUACACGAAGGCUGUAUCAAACGGGAUGAACUGCAUAAUAUGUUCGCAUUUAUUCUACCCAAGUUUCCAAGCCUCAGAACCCUCGUCCUGAUGUCUCGGCCACCAGAUCUAGGCGCAUACAUUCGCAAAAUCCCUGGCCCACGGCCUACCAGAACAACUUCUGAUAUGCUAUCACAGACGAAUACCCUAACAGAAAAUAUUUCUAAUGUUCUUUCGGUACCUUCACCUCGCUACAUACUCCCACAAUCGGAAUUCGGAGCCACAGAUAGCUGGUCGAUCCCAAUCUCUGACGCGCUCCAUGAUCAGCAAUGCCAUAUACAAAUAGUAAAGUCAUGGCACCGGAUUCAUCCGAACUUGGAGCGAGUCAUAUUUCCAGUCGGUAUCUACACUUAUACGGAUAGAAAAAGGAGGCACGGCUAA